AUGUCGUCUGAUUUAGGAUAUGAAUCUGAUGAUGAUUUUGAUGCAGAAAUUAUUGCAUGGGCAAAUUGGGUGUUGAGGGAGUUCCCCCCUCAACUUGGGCAUCAGCCUCCAGUUGUAGAUAAUGAAAAUGGUGCGGAGGGGCUGCUCAUCGCUAAGCAACAGAACAUGGAAAUCAAUGAUGAUGCUAAUAAUAAGCCUAUAGUGAUGUUAGUUCUGAAAUUGAUUCUGUUAGGUGUUUAUGAAUUCAACAUAUUUUCAGUAGCGAUGAUGGAGGUAGAUGAUGAGCCUAUUGAAAUAAACGUUGAUGCUCUAGCCCCUAUAAGGGAUGGGAAAGUAAUUUUCAAUUAUAUUCCCGAGGCCGGGAUCAUUUAUGAUACUAGUCUCAGUCAAAUGGACUCAAGUACAUGGAACAUUGAUAUGCAAGAACUCGAAUAUAACCCUUCUAAGAAAGAUUUGACUGAUGCUAAGAUCCACCAUUUGUUAGCAGAAGAACUAGUGAAGCCGUAUAGAAGGCAUCGAAAAUUGAGUUACAGCCGCCAUGCUGUGAAUGACCGUGAUCUUUCCUCGCAAGUCAAUUACAGAAUGCAUUUCAAUAUGAGGAGACUAGUGGCCGAUAAGAAACACCAUCACAAGAGGCAUAGCAAAAAAUUGAAUAAGGGUCAACAUAAUGAAUAUGCUGAAAAACCGAUCGAGCAGAAAGCGGUGUAA